CUAUAUUUUUGAGCUACCGUCUUGGGAAAAUCAAGGGUUUUCAUAAUCGAGCUCUGAUCAUGGAGCACCAGAUCCUACCUCCGCGUAUUGAAGAUGCUGGCCUCGAAGAAUGUGCUCUUCCUCCGGAAUCCAUCAGAGAAGCCUUCUUCAAAGCCGCUUUCGCCGUGAAAUCGCGGGCAACCUCUGUUUUAUCUGCUGACGAUGACGAUGCAGCUUGUGUGAAGGAUCCUUGGCCCACCGGAAAGGACGCUUCGGAUGUGGUCAUCGGAGUCAUGGCGGAGAGUGAACCAGAGGGACCCUGCGCCGUCGUGAAGGGGAUUGAAACUGGUGCCGACGAAGUUAAGGUUUGUGAUUGGGAAGAGGUGAGGGACAAGGUAAUUGUAGGGGGAGAGGGAGAGAUAUUGGGAGAGGAGGGGAAAGCAUGCGUGGAUUCUUUGCAAGGAUUGGGUCUUGAAGAUGAUAUCAAGACUAGUAAUGACGCCGACGAGGAAGAGAAAGAGAAGGAAGGUAAGAGACCAACUUUGGUUGAAGGUUUUGCUUGAAAUCUUUGAUCUUGGUCUGUUCUUGAUCUAUAUACUCCACUUCAAUAUGAUGCGUAACUUUCUCAAUCUUGAUUAGGAAGUGGUGUGUUUGUGGGUUCUGAAUAGUGAAUCUUACGUUGUACACAACACAAAGGAAAGGAGUUGGUAAUGCAACACAAUAGUCUUUCUUUGAA